CUGUCGCGAGACCUCCGGCUCCUCCGCCUCCUGCGCCGCUCCCUUUGCCGCCGUCUUAGCCCGGGACCCGGACUCAUCCUCUCCCCUACCUGAACACCGGCCCCGGCUCUACUGAGGCCCCGGUCCCCCCACCCCGCCUCGCCGCCGCCAUGGCGGACCCUAAAUACGCCGACCUUCCCGGCAUUGCCAGGAACGAGCCAGAUGUUUAUGAGACCAGUGACCUACCUGAGGAUGAUCAAGCGGAGUUUGAUGCGGAGGAGCUGACGAGCACAAGCGUGGAGCACAUCAUUGUCAAUCCCAAUGCUGCCUAUGACAAGUUCAAGGACAAGAGAGUGGGGACAAAGGGACUUGAUUUCUCAGAUCGUAUUGGAAAAACCAAGAGGACAGGAUAUGAAUCUGGAGACUAUGAGAUGCUUGGAGAGGGCCUGGGAGUAAAGGAGACACCCCAGCAAAAGUACCAGCGACUACUACAUGAGGUCCAAGAGCUGACGACUGAAGUUGAGAAAAUCAAGACAACAGUGAAGGAGUCAGCCACUGAGGAGAAGCUGACCCCUGUGGUACUGGCUAAACAGCUGGCAGCCCUGAAGCAGCAGUUGGUUGCUUCCCACCUGGAGAAGCUGCUGGGACCAGAUGCUGCGAUCAACCUCACUGACCCUGAUGGGGCUCUGGCAAAGCGCCUGCUGCUGCAGCUGGAAGCAACAAAGAACACCAAAGGCACUGGUUCAGGGGGAAAGACCUCCAAUGGGGCCCUUCCAGAUAGCAGCCUUGUCACUUAUGAACUACAUUCUCGGCCUGAGCAGGACAAAUUCUCUCAAGCUGCCAAAGUUGCGGAACUUGAGAAGCGACUGACAGAGCUGGAGGCAACUCUACGCUGUGAUCAGGAUACUCAGAAUCCCCUUUCAGCAGGUCUCCAGGGAGCCUGUCUUAUGGAGACAGUAGAGCUGUUGCAAGCAAAGGUGAGCGCCCUGGACCUUGCAGUUUUGGACCAAGUGGAGGCUCGGCUACAGAGUGUCCUGGGAAAGGUGAAUGAGAUUGCCAAGCAUAAAGCCUCUGUAGAGGAUGCAGAUACACAAAGUAAGGUGCACCAGCUAUAUGAAACCAUACAGCGCUGGAGCCCUAUCGCCUCCACCCUUCCUGAGCUGGUGCAGAGACUCAUCACCAUCAAACAGUUGCACGAGCAAGCCAUGCAGUUUGGUCAGCUCCUGACACACUUGGAUACCACCCAACAGAUGAUUGCUAGUUCCCUCAAGGACAAUACCACUCUCUUGACCCAGGUGCAGACGACCAUGCGUGAAAAUCUGGCCACAGUCGAGAGGAACUUUGCCAGCAUUGAUGACCGGAUGAAGAGGCUGGGAAAGUGAGCACUUUUGGGAGAUGGGGACCAGGGGGAUUCCCUACCCCUUGAACUCUGUUAACAGCUUACAUAGGGCUGUCCCUGCAGUGGUUUCCUCUUAAGUAUAAUUCUUGCAUCCCAUCCCAUUUGACACUGGGGGCAAGGGGUUCUUCUUGCAUGUGGGGUUUAUACUCCUACCCUACUGAAUACAGAAUUCCAACUGGGGGAUAUUUGAUAUAGUGGUCUUCCCUCAAGCCCCAAGAAUGAGGCCUUGGGCCUAGCCCAUGCCGACUCAUGUCCACUACUACUUUGCCUGGUGUGGGGAAGGGUUUGGUUCUGCCCUCCAGAACAGCUUUUGUGGCUGACUGUAAUACUGUACAACUGUUUCUGACCAUUAAAUGCUGUUGUACUCUG